UUCGUUGCUUUCUAUAUUUUGGAAAAGUUUUUUUUUUCUCCCCUCACUUUUUGAAGGGAGCACUUGUUCUGGCUUUGAAGUAUUCUGUUUCAGUAUAGCUGGGCCAUAUAUCUUUGAUGAAAACCCUCAACUGAGGGGCUGUGGGAACACAGGAGCUUCGGUUAUUUAUGCAACGAAGUGGCAGGAGUUAAUGAAUCACACAGAGAGAAAGCGAGAGGGAGAGAAAAAAAAAGACUCAUCAUAAAAUAAAUCCUCACCAAGAACUGUUGUAACUCUAUAACAAGUUCCUUCUGAGAUAUUACCACAAGAGAUGACACAACACCACAGAAACAAGGUCGCUGAACUUGCACCCCGCGUAGGAAUAUUACAGGAGAGCUGCGGUGCGGCUGUAAAGAAGAACUGAUCCAGAGUGGCCAUUCCUUUGUCCCGCUGCAUACAUAAGGCCUAGUGGGUGGAUGAGUGAAGUCACAUGGUCACUUUUCCUUUUUCCCACACAAACACACCCACAUCCUCUUCCAUGCAGCCGCUCUUCACUCUUCUUCAACUCUGUGUUUACCCGCAGCGGGCAGUCUGCUCCGUCUGGAUACUGUAGCAGCAUCAAGUUGCGCACUGCAAGCUUUCUUUUUUUUUUCUUUACCACAAUGUAUCCGAACAGGGGAUAACAUCCGUCUGCUUUUACUUUUAUUCACAUUUCUGGAGUCUCUGUCGGAGAAAUUCGACAUCACAUCGUCCGGAGCCAGUUAACUCACCAAGUCAGCAUUUUUGUUCCAGAGGACGAGUAGGAGGCCCUUGCAGUGACAGCAUGAGUCUGGUGGAGGUGAGGCAGACAGCGGGGUCUCUCACCCUGUCCCUGUCCAGCAACGACUCCAAGGAGCGCUACUUUGACCGCGUGGACGAGAGUGACCCCGAGUACCUCCGCAGCAGGAACAUGUCGCCGGACCUGAGGCAGGACUUCAACAUGAUGGAGCAGAAGAAGAGGGUCACCCAGAUCCUGCAGAGUCCAGUGUUCAAGGAUGAGUUGGAAGGCCUGAUUCAGGACCAGAUGACAAAGGGCAACACCCCUACAGGUCUCCUGGCUCUGAGGCAGAUUGCUGACUUAGUCAUGGCCAGCACCUUGGGAGGGGGUGGCCCCCUGACUUCGCCCAUCAGCUUUGGGAUGGUGACUCCAGUCAAUGACUUGUAUGGCAUUGAGUCUCCCUCCUUUGCUAAAGGGGAGAAACAGAGUCGCUGCAAGUUGGCCAGCCUCUACAGGCUUGUUGACCUCUUCAGCUGGGCUCGUUUUACAAGCUCCUACAUUACUGUACGGAUCAACAAAGAGCAGGACCAUGUUCUAAUCAGUCCACGAGGUCUGUCUUUUGCUGAGGUGACGGCAGCAAAUUUGGUGAAAGUAAACAUAAUCGGUGAGGUGGUGGACCAGGGUUCUACUGAUAUGGGUAUCGACCACUUUGGGUUUGCUCCUCAUGCUGCCAUUUACUCAAUGCGCCCUGAUGUGAGAUGUAUCAUCCACAUACAUACCCCUGCUACAGCUGCAGUGUCCUCUAUGAAAUGUGGCAUCCUGCCCAUUUCCCAGGAGGCUUUGCUUCUGGGAGACGUGAGUUGCUAUGGUUACCAUGGCAGCUUGGAUAAUAAAGAGGAGAAGGUGGAGUUUCAGAAAGCUCUGGGCCCUACUGCCAAGGUGAUGAUGCUGAGGAACCACGGGCUGCUGACUAUGGGAGAAACGAUCGAAGAGGCUUUUCACUAUGUGUACCACUCACAGCAAGCUUGUGAAAUCCAGGUGAAUGCUUUGAGUUGUUCACGGGAUGCAGACAGCCUCAUGCUCCUGGACAGGGAGAAGUUUAAACCCCUGACCCAGGGAGUGGCUGCUGCCGGGGUGGUGAUGGACAAAGAGGUCAAGUGGAAAGUCGGCGAGGCUGAGUUCGAGUCCCUUAUGAGGAUGCUGGACAACCUGGGAUACAGAACAGGCUACUCUUACAGGAACCCCAUUGUCCGUGAAAAGCCCCGCUCUAAGAAUGAUGUGGAGAUCCCUGCCACGGUGUCAGCUGUGCCACCGGAGGACAGUGAGUCGGGUCUGCGAAGCCCCCUCAAGUUUAUGGUGCAGAAACAGCAGAGAGAAAGGACCCGGUGGCUCAACUCGCCCAACAGCUACUUGAAGGUCAAUGUUCCUGAACGGUCACCCAGCGGGGAUGUCAGCCCCAGGACCAAGACCGUGUGGAUGAAGUCUUCACAGCCAGGCAACAGCACUGGCACACCCAUAAAGAUCGAGGACCCCAACCAGUUUGUGCCACUCAACACUGAUCCCACAGAGGUUCAGGAUAAGAGGAACCGGAUAAAGGAACAGCACAGAGGGGACCAGAUGACCCCAGGACCAAAGUCUCAGUUACUAGCAGGAAUUGUUGUGGACACCAUCCCAGGACCAGCUUUCAUUGUUGAAGAUGAGGAAUACACUCGCUCUCUUCCUCCCAACCCUUUUAACAAUCUCACAGAGAGGGAGCUGGAGGAAUACAAGAACACGGUGGAAAGAAAGCAGCAAGGCCAAGAAGAUGAUGAUGCCACUGAUGCAGAUGAGAUGACAACCUUUGAUGGCUCUACUAUCUCCCUCUCUCUUUCUCCCAUAAUGACACCAGCUAAACAAGACACAAUUCCUAAUGGGAAAGACCACUUGACAGAGCUGGAGGAGGAUCUGAGCAUCGAGGUUUCCAAGCUGAGCGUGAGCACUGCAGAAACGGUGGAAAUCUCUAUCACAUCGAAGGAGAAGACGGGAGAGGCUCAGACCCCGGAGAGCCAAACAAAGUCCCCCAAGAAAAAGAAAAAGAAGUUCCGCACACCUUCAUUUUUGAAAAAGAGCAAGAAAAAGAAGGAUGAGAAAGAAAAAACAGAAGCCUGAGGGUGUUUACUGUUAAAACAAUUAGUGUUUUGAAAGGAAUACAUCAAAAUUAUGUUCUGAAUUUUCAGCUUGUUGAAGAGAAGUGAAAUAAGACUUAGUCUUUAAGUCUCCCAGGACUGUGUUGUUUUUACACAUCUUCCCUCAUUCACGACUAUUACUUCAUGUGAAUGUUUUUCUAAGAUAGUAUAAUGGAUGUUGGUUUUUAUUAUUUCCCACGAGAAUUUGUUAUUGACCACGCCAGAAGGACUCAGCAGACUGAAAUCAAAUGAAAGGUUAAUACAAAAACUGCGAUGUUUGUGGGCGUUAUUACCCAUAUUUUUAAUGGGAUUUAUAAAUGGAUAUUGUAGGAAUACAAAGUUGUUAAGGUAAGCAAAACGUCAGAUGACAGUAAUGAUUUUUUUCCCUUUUUGCACAAGUUCAUUGUUGAAUGUAUACAGAAAGCUUAGAAAAUUGUUUUACCAAUAUAAAAUCUAACAAUCACCCUAAUAGUGUCACAGUGGCUGAACAUAUUAAUAUUAUACAACGUUUAGCCUUAAGAAGUAUGAUUUGUAUCUGAACCUAUUCAUAGGUAUAUGAUCUUCUAAUAAUAUAUGUUGGUUUAUAUUAUAGAUAUUACAAUAUAGUGUUUGAUAGUUACAUAAAUGAUUUGAUAGUCUUUACAUAUUUACCUUACAUUCUAACUCUUAUACUAGACAUGCUGUGAGUGAGAAUUCAGUAAUAAUUCAUGUUUUUACAUUCAUGUCAGUGGUAUUGUUCCCAUGGUUGCUGCUUUAUUGUAAUUGUGACAAGAAAUCGACUGUGACUAACAGGAAGAACUCAGCCAAGUGACGAUUCGUGCAUAUUGAUGUUUAGUGACAAAGUCUGACUUUUAUAGAACUGACAGAAAAUCACUAGUUGUUUGGAUGCUAACAAUGAAAGUGCCAAGACUGAACCGUAGAAAGUUGAAUGCGAUGGACGUUUUGAAUCAUUUUGUCCAAAUAGUCAUUUAAUGGCAAUAUGCUAUGGAAAGCCUGUCUUCAUAACCAGAGUUUGAUAUAAACUAUAUUAGAGGACCAUAUAUUUACAUCCCAGUCAAUAAUGUGAAUGAUUUGUUUUGACCCAAAGGGAGUGAACUUUUUUGCCUUUGUAAAUAGUUUGUUUUUGUGAAGUUAUUUUGUUAAUGCUAAACCAAAUGUUAAACAAUAAGACGUAGAAAUGUGACAGUACAAUCUAAUAACAAUAUUUUAACACUACUUUUAUCAUAAUGUUUUUUUUAUUCAUUUUAAUGCACAGUGCAUCGUGUUUACAAAUUGUAUUACUUAUGUAAUUUGUGUGCCUAGUGCUUGUGUUUUCCUUGUUUACGUUGCUAUUUGUCACGCCUUUCCCCCCUCUGUGGUGCUUUACAUUACAAUCACCUUGCCUCAAAGUCAGCCAUUUUAAAAUUGCCUUCCAUCUGAUGUAAUAAAAGAUGCCAUAUGUUUCCAGA